CAAUGUCGUUGUUUCUUUAUUCCAAACCUAAGCAUGUAAGCUUGAGUUUUAUUUUUCAGUCUUGAUUUCCUUUUUACUCUUCAUUUCAGUUCCUGGAGGCGUUAUUUCAAUUGAAGUGUGUCAUCAUUUGGGCACUGUUUCUUUCUGAACGCGAACGGAACAUGCUAGGGUAUUCAGUAGACAGAUAAGGCACUGAGGACGGCAUCGCUUGGGUUUUCCAGUAGGGUAGAAUCUUGGACAUUACACCGAUUUUAUUGUGAUACAUUGCACGCUUUUUGUAAAGGUUGCUUAAAGCUCUGUUUUUUGUUUUUUUUUUUUUUUACUUCAUAAAAGGGGGUACCGGUACCAUAGACUACACGCUCUGACGUCUGCAUGAGAUAUUCUCCUCUGCAUUUUUUAAUGUGCAUUUUUUUCACCAGAGGCUUUGCGUUCGGCGAAGGAAAUCUCGACGAUCAACAGCAAUUACAUGGGGAUGCAGACUUCAUUUUUUCUUUUUUACCCCCACCGCACCCCAUAAGCCCCUAUCGUUUACAGCUGAGGGUAAAAAAAUCCUUAAAACAACAUACUGUGGAACAAUCCCCCUAUGUAAAGUCAUCACUGGAGCUAUGGCUCGUCCGCAGCUUUGGACUGGGAAUUUGCUACAGCAAGUGUAAAAAGAAGACGUCGCAUUUGUUUCAUUUUCUUUACUCUUUUAAUCUUUUUUGUUCUUCUUAAUUUUUCUUCAUGGUUUGGCUCGGGAAGACUUUUCGGCACUUUUGAAAAGUCCGUCCGAAUUUGAGCAAGAUGUCUGAUCUUCUGGUGUUGGUUGAGGGGGUCUGUGACCUGCACGGAUUUCCAUAGCCAAGGAAAACAGCUGGGACCAAUUACGUGCUUUUAAAACCCACUUCUCUGUUUUCUUUUUCUUUUUUCUGCCGGGCCAUCACACACAUGUGUGUAUCGGUGGUUUGAUUUAAGUAAUUGAUUUGGCCCGUUUUCCCCCAUUCCCGUUCCUUCUGUUGGAUUUUUUAAUUAUCGUUUUGGACCACACGCGGUUGGAUUACUGAAAGAGUAUAAACGGAUUUGUGGAAAUGUUGGGUCCUCAAGAAGAAAAAUUAUGUGGAAUUGUUUCUGCUCUGACGGUAUUGUCGUCUAUCUGCUUUGUACAAUGCACCUCGACUGGAACUGGAAUAUCUGUGGCCAAGUCGACAGUGGACAAACUGCUGAAGGGGUAUGACAUCCGUCUCCGUCCGGAUUUUGGAGGUCCCCCAGUCAUCGUAGGAAUGAGCAUAAACAUCGCCAGCAUCGACUCCAUCUCGGAAGUCAACAUGGACUACACCAUCACCAUGUACUUCCAGCAGAGCUGGCGAGACAAGAGGCUGGCCUACGCUGAGAUGGCACUCAACCUGACGCUGGACAACCGUGUGGCCGAUCAGCUGUGGCUGCCGGACACCUACUUCCUGAACGACAAGAAGUCCUUCCUGCAUGGUGUGACAGUGAAGAACCGCAUGAUCCGGCUUCACCCGGACGGAACAGUCCUGUACGGUCUGAGAAUAACCACUACGGCUGCAUGUAUGAUGGAUCUGAGGAGAUACCCCCUGGACGAACAGAACUGCACCCUGGAGAUUGAGAGCUAUGGCUACACUACAGAUGACAUCGUCUUUUUCUGGCAAGGAGGGGACAAUGCUGUGACAGGUGUGGACAAACUGGAGCUGCCACAGUUCUCCAUUGUGGAGCUUCGUCUUGUGUCGAGAGAAGUGCGGUUCACCACAGGCUCCUAUCCACGGCUGUCGCUGAGUUUCCGCAUCAAGAGAAACAUCGGCUACUUCAUCCUGCAGACCUACAUGCCGUCCAUCCUGAUCACUAUCCUGUCCUGGGUCUCCUUCUGGAUCAACUAUGAUGCCUCCGCCGCUCGAGUGGCCCUGGGGGUUACCACGGUGCUCACCAUGACAACCAUUAACACCCACCUGCGGGAGACCCUCCCCAAGAUCCCUUAUGUGAAAGCCAUUGAUGUCUACCUCAUGGGCUGCUUUGUCUUUGUGUUCCUGGCCCUGCUCGAAUAUGCCUUUGUGAACUACGUGUUCUUCGGGAGAGGACCCCAGCAGCAGAAGAAAAUCAAUGAGAGGCUCAACAAAGCCAACAACGAGCGUCCCCGCUAUGAGGACAAGCGUCUGCGCGAGCAGGACUCCAUUUCAGCGCCGUUUCAAACCAACACCCUCAGGUCAUAUACACAGCGGAGAAAUCUGUAUCUCGAAGAACAAAGAAAAGUGAGGGUGGAUGCGUACGGCAACAUCCUGCUCACUACGCUGGAGAUGAACAACGAGGUCAUGCCGUCGGACGUGGGCGGCAGCAUGAGUGACUCGCGGAACUCGGUGCUGUCGUUUGACAGCUCUGGCGUGCAGUUCCGCAAGCCAGCCGGUGGCGGCGGCGCGGGUGGUGCUUCCUCGUCGCGCGAUGGCUUUGGCCACCACUCGCUGGACCGCAGCGCCAUGCGCGCCCGCGCCAACUGCCGCCUGCGGAGGCGGUCAUCGAAGCUGAAGCUCAAGAUCCCCAACCUGACGGAUGUCAGCACCAUUGACAAAUGGUCCCGGGUGAUCUUCCCCAUCACAUUCGGAUUCUUCAACCUUAUCUACUGGUUGUACUAUGUGAAUUGAUGCGCAUCCUUCUAGGAAACAUGGGCCAUAUUUUGAGAGCACAUUGAAUUGGCUUUGAUACAAUUGGAAAAUAUGUAUACACAUAUAGGAAAAGUUCAUACAUAUGUAUAUGCAUAUUUCUAUAUAUUAUAUUUCUAUAUACACAUGUGUAAAAAAUCGAAAGGACUUUUCCAAUGUAAAAAAAAAGUAUUAUAUAGACUGACUUGAAUGUUUAAGAAUAAUGCGAGACAAACAUUUGAAGCAUUUUAAUUUCUUUUUCUUCUGAAGCUACAAACAAACAUACCAACAUAAAAACAAACCUCCCCCCACCCCCCAGAGGGUUUGGAACUAAAGACUGCAUGAUAUUUUUGCUAAAAGAAAGAUUGCAAGAUACACAAAAGGACAUAUCAGAGCGUCUCAUUGGCUUUUUAUUGGUACACACUGAAAUCAGCCUUUUCCAACUGCAGCUCAUGAAAACAGUGAUGGCUUGUAUGCUUUUGGCCACUGACUGUGUAGAAUACCCUCCCAUCCCACUGCCCCAACCCGACCCCCAUUCCACUCACUGCUCCCUCUUACCUCCUUGUCUCCCAUGAAAGAGACUUACGGAAUUGUCCAUUUCUACGCUGUACAGCAACAUGUUUUGGAUUAUGUGUCCUACCCUUGAUUUUUUGCGAGAGACCGCGUUUCUCUUUCUCGGAUAUUCUCGGAGCUCUGGUCAUUUGGUUUACAUUGGACGGCCAUCCCGCGACUGAAAACCACCAAGCCCUGCCCAGAGUCUUCUUUUCAUUUCUCUCUUCAUGAAGUUUUUUGUGAGCGAUUCCUAUUUUUCAUUCUGGUCCUAAGGAUUAUGACUACUCUGGUUGCUAUUAUUUUCUCUUGAAAAACCCAGUGUUUUGGGGAGAGCAUUACUUAAACAUAGAGUUCUAGAGUUAGCGCAUUGCUAGAUAAUGAGCCACAGAUAUGCAUUGUUCAUUUGUUGUUUGUUUUGUUUCGAGAAAAGAAAAAAAAGGCAUCAAGUGUACAUUCACUCAGUAUCCUCAGUGACAUGGUUAGGUAGUAUAAUUGCACUCUUACUUUAUUCUUGUUCCUAGUGGAAUCCAUCUGUUUUGUAGAUACAGUACUCAUGAAUAUCAUAUAUGGCUUUGUGUUGUGUGAGGACAUGAGGGGACCAUGGUGAGCUACAGUUGUUUGUCAAAGCUUGGAUUUGAAGUUAGUCCAUUAACUACAUGAAGAUGUACAAAAAAAGAAAAAAAAGAAAAAGAAAAGAACAUUGUGUAUUAAAACAAGAGAGGUGGUCAUUGUUUUUAAUCUGUUUCAUGUUUAAGUUGGGUGACCAGCCCACAGUGUGACCUGAAACUGUACAUGGUAACGCACAUGUUGUCGUGGCCCAUCCAGAAAGCGAUUCAUGCUGUUGUUUUUGGUUACUCUAAAAAUGUGCCUGUCUAAAACCUGAAGGAGGUAUCCUCAGUCGAUCAUUGAUGUAAAAGAUGGACAAACAGUCCUCAGUCCUUUGACCUUUCACCUUACCGUAACUCCACCCACAGCCCUGAUGUUACACAUCUUAGGAUUUGAUCCCAAAGACUGAUGACAUCAGCACGAUCAGGAAAAAAAAGAGCUUCUGAGUCUUUACGGGGCAAAAUGAGAUGUACGCUAAAAGCCAUGAACUGAAGUGACAACCAAAAAGGCCUAUAAUCCAUUCUUAUUCCAUUCCUAUUUAUUUUGUCUUAUUUCCUCUGCCUCCCUGACCACAUCUGUUUAGAGUUCCAUGCACCCUGUCAUGCAACAAAGCUUCCGGAGGACUUUCAGCAGACCUCUGUCCAUCAGUACAUGACCACCACAAGUCUGCUCCACAUGCUUGUCCUUUUGAGCCCCAGAUGCCCGCUGGGGUGCCACCUGUAUCUCCAUCCAGCCUACAUUCAAAGGCCAGACUCCCUCGGCAUCUGUGUUUCGGCUGCUCACGAUGCAUGCACAGGCUGAUGGCAGCUAGGUGGCGCCUCUCACAGCAGAGCCAAGUCCAUCCAUGGUGAAGUAUGGCAUGCAGGUUGCAGGAGUAUGGCUUUGGGAUCUAGUGGACCUUCGCCAUCACAUGACAGGGUGGGUUGAGGGCCCAUGACUCUGCUGUUAGUCCCGGUGGAAGAUGUCCUGAGCAGGUCUCAGUCCUCAGAGCCCAGCAGAGUCCUCCAGCUCUCAACUCUUCCUCAUUGCACCAUACCACUCCAUGCAACAUGGCUCAACUAAGCCUAAUAGAGAGAGAUAGAUCGUCAGACCACUAAUAUGGUAUUCUUGCUUUAGGGAGCAAAGGAAACAAGGACAUUAUUGUGCAGGGUAAAGGAAAUCAUUGGUACUAGUCUGUUAAAGGCUGUUGAGUAAAGUUUUUAGGACUUGAGCAUGUUGGAGUUAAUUAUGGCUUUUGCAUUAAUCCUUCCAUGUCCUCCAGGAGCAAAGUGACUGCAGGACUUGGUCGGUACUAAGUGCAAGCUGGAGAAUAUGUACAUCUCAAAUGUAGCAAAGCUGCAUUUAAACUCAGUAAGUGGAUAAAUGACAAUGGAAACUAGGUACCCUGCAAUGGAAUUUUGGGAAAGUGAACUAUGUAAUGAAGGUCUUGGCUUGUUACAGUUUCAAAGUAGAAACACAUGAGUAGACAUUUAGUUAACUGUCUGAAAGAUACAUAUUGAAAGGCAAAGCCCCAACAUUGUCAAAAAAGAGGAGUUUGAUGGUAUUAAAGGUGAUAUCACUCAUGCAUGUGAUACGGAUAAGUUAGUAAGUUUAACUUGCAUUGCUCAUUCUGAUCCAUGUGGACAUAACAUGGGCUAGUUUGUGAAUGCUAAAACAAUCAUCUGUGAUUGCUAUGUGAGGAAAGCUGAACUGUCAAAUCGUGAUAGAUGGUUUCUGUGACUUUGGAAAAUGGAAAGACAAGGCAGGAAACAGGGUUUUUCUUUGCUUAUGAAUUCAUAGGCCAUUGAAAAAGUUGACAUUGCUUGAAUGCUUGGUAGCAUGCACACAUGCCAACAUGCUCUCAUCCCAUGUGACUGCCCCUGCCUUUAAAUAAUGAGACUGCACAAACUGACAAAAAAAGAGGAGAAAAAUAUAUUUUUACAUCAAAUAUAAGUGCACUGUAAAUUUAUCAAUCAGAUAGCAACUUAUCUAAGGUAGACUAUUUCUCUUUUAGUAAUUGACCCUAGAACAAAAAUUAAACAUUUGAUAGAAUGAUAGAUUGUCUGUAAUCAACAGAAAUUUUCUGGAGUAGCUAGAGUAAUUUGUUUAAAUAUGAAUAUACUCAGAUUAAGCCUAUUCAAUGAUUGGGUUUUCAGUAGAGAAUUUUCCAUUAAGUAAACUAUUCUGUAGCUUGGCUUAAGCUAUUUAACAAAAGUCCCUCACUUAAUGUCUUAUGUUCAGGAACAAAAUGAUUUUCCUACUUUAUCGGUCAAAUUACUCAUCUAUUAAUACUUAUUAAUCACCCACCUUAUUUGCAGUUUCUAUGCACUCUUACUCUGUGAUACUCAGUUAAAUGUGCCACAAAAUCUGAAAUGUUAUUGGUCAGGAUGUAUCUGUUCUCAGCCAAUCAAAAUUGAUAAGGGCUGAGCAGUGAACAGAGCAGAGGAUUGUUGCAUUGCAAUGUAGUCACCCUGUGCCAUACUGACAUGUCAUGGCACUUUCUCUAAGGAUUACCAUGAUGAUUUCUAUGAUAACUAAGAACAGAGAGUGGAAGUUUUGGCUUUAUGGACUGUCAAGCCAAUCAGCGUGUCAUCUAUAGACAUUAGAUAUUAUGUUGAGUAUCAACAUGUUCUUGUAGCACCAGCACUCGGCGAAUUCACAGUGACCAACUGAACCUUGAACUUGGUCAAAUUUUAGAUAGAAUGCUGGUUUGUGGGCACCAUUGAUUGCCCUGCAAGAUUUGCCUUAAUUAGAUUACGGAAGCAUUUUUACACGUAUACCAGUAUAUCAGAGCAAUACAAUGCAAAUACCACACAGCAAGUCAGUUCAAGCCUUAAUGGUCAUAAGAGUCAUUAUAAUCAUGGUAAGUCACUGAUUUAUCAAUUAAGGAUCAAUUGUAGACUGAGGUAAAUCCAAGACAAUGUUGGUUGCUGCAAACAUGUUUAACAAUGAUGUUCAUUUUAGACUAGUAUAAAUCUUGAUAAAUCGCCUAAUAGUGAAAUGUAUAUAUCAUUCUAAAUAUGCUGCAAAAGUAUUUCCCAGAGAAAAUAAAACUUGCUAUAGUAAUGGCCAGCAUCAGUUAAGAUCCCUUGUUAGCAUGUUCAUCUGUUUCACUGGAUCCAUGUUUGAGACUCACACAGUGAAGUACUUUUGUUGACACUGUCAAAAUUAGGAGCCAUGUGAAAUAGAACUCAGUUUAGAGAACAAUAUUGCUAGUUUACAUCUGUAAUCACCUAGCUUUUCUAGAAAUUAAACAAAAACUAUCACAGUUUAAAUGCAGUCUAAAGCUGAGAAUGUCACUUAUGUCAGCGUGUCACUUAGCAAAGUACAUUAGCAUAAAUUGUUUAUUUGAAAGUUCACAGUUUCAUGUCAACGCUGGAAUCAACAUCUAAGACCGAUAUGCUAGUUUACAGUGGUCAGCUGGCCAAAUUACUCAGAUACAUGUAGCAACACCAAACUGGAAAGGAGGUGUAUGUUUUGUGGCAGUCCUUGCCUUACAGCUAACCACUAUAGUCAUGUCCUGCUGCUCAUUUUUGUGUUGUUUGCUCAGUAGAAGAAUUCUGACAUAUAUUGAAAAGGACACGCCCGCUCAUGUGAUUACACUCCAAAAAAGGAACUCUUCUAACACGUUUCCUUGGUUUCCUCUCUGUUCAAACUGACAUAGCAUUAUUGUCCUCUAUUUGAUCAGUUUGGUAUGAACAGGUCUUAAAAUGAGUAAUCACCUUCCCUUUCCGUGUCUAGUGGACAGUUUGAAGUUGACAGUAUUGCUCUGUAUCUUCAGUGUUCUGAGGAACAAGACAAUGAUGCUAUUUUGCUGACAUGGUAGCAUCACAAAGGCUGUAAUACUCCUAGUAUCUGGGAGUUUUGUCAUGUUGUGUACCUUUAAAACUGUGAGAAGGAGAGGGAAAAAUGACUCUCAAUACUAACCUAUCCACAAUCUUAAAUAAAACAUGGUCAAACUUUUGAGAACUUUUUUAAAUUACAAAGCUUAAGCACUCUUUUGAGAAUAAGCAUUUCAUGUGGCAGAUGCAGAUAUCAUUGCAUUCGCUGUCACCGUUUCCAUCGACAACGAUGGACAUGCCAAGCUGAAACAGUACCCACGUGAGGAACAUUUUACUAAGAGACUUACGAAUGACAUUAUGUCAAGGUAGCACUCUGGUCAUUGAGGUGAUUGUUGGCCUUUCUUGGAGAAUGUGUCAUAGUGUUAGACUUGCUUCACUGAAUUGUUCUGUGUCUUAAUGGUUCUUAAUUGUUUAGGAAUAACUAAAAUUUAUUUGAUUUUAACUUACUUUUGUGUGUGUGUGUGUGUGUGUGUGUGUAUG